AUGGCGUUUCUUGAGGGACCUUCGCCGAAGCAAGCAGAAAUAAUUAAGCAGGAACUGUGUGAAGGAUCUGGGGAUCUAGAGCGAGGAGUCAGAGACCUUCAGAGUAUGUGCGCAGCCUCACCGUACUUGCCGCCACCUGAAGUUAUAGAUACAAACAUCCUGGGCUUGUUUAUGCGAGGUUGUCGUAUGAACCAAGAGCGCGCCCGUGCAAAGUUUGAGGCGUUUUGUUUUGCCAGAGCUCGGUGCCGGGACCUCUACGAGCAUCGCUCUCUUAGCGAACCACCAUUAAAUGAUGUAGUCAAAUUUCUGGACAUAGCGCCUUUACCGAAACUCACAGAUGAGGGUCUACGAGUUACGAUAUUUCGUGUUCGAGAAAGUUAUCCAGAAAGCUCAGCCGAUAUAGUGGCAGCCGUGCGGGCUAUUUUGUUGGUCGGCGAUGCACGAAUGCAUGACGAAACUCUUCUAGCUGGUGAUGUUUUCAUCUGGGAGGCGUCAAACGUACGCGCGUCUCUCGCAGCGCGCAUAGCGAGUGCAGCCAACUCCGUACGUCGUGCUAUUCACCUUGCACAAGGCGCUUACCCGCAGCGGAUGCGUCGUAUUCAUAUCGUCGGUGCACCGCCACUUAUUGCCUCCUCUAUCAAUUUUAUACGUUCCUGCGUGAAUGAGAAGAUCAAGAGACGUUACUACAUACACCAAAAAGUUGAGGAUUUGCUGGAACACUUCCCGGCACGCGUGUUGCCUGCAGAGUGGGGAGGCCAAGAGGAGUCUCUUGACAUCAUCACUAAGAAGUGGAUCCGUCGUGUGGACGAAUUGAGGGGUUACCUUCGAGAACUCAGCGAGCUAUCGACCGUCACACCGCAGCCAAAGUUCGAUAGUGAUAUAUACGGUACCGUUGGCGCGUUUCGAAAGCUGGAUAUAGAUUAA